AUGGGCUGGACUGAGUGCGAUGUCACUGAAGAGACUCAAGAAAUCACCGAGGUCGAUCUCUGGGAUGGCGGCAUCACCUUCCACCAGCUGAGUCUGUUGCUGGGCGGCGCCUGCGCCAUCGUCGCAUGCGCAGUGUCCAUUUUCCUGAUUAUGGGCCAUGCCACCCAUUACAGUAAACCCAUCGAGCAACGGCACAUUAUCCGGAUAUUGUGGAUGGUCCCCGUCUAUUCCCUUGUCGCAUGGCUCAGCAUCCUCUUCUACCACGACUCCGUCUACUUUGAAGUCCUCGGCGACUGCUACGAGGCCUUCACCAUUUCCGCCUUUUUUUCUCUCAUGUGCCAUUACAUCGCGCCGGACCUGCAUAGUCAGAAGGAUUAUUUCCGUGGGAUCCAACCCAAGCCAUGGCUGUGGCCGUUGAAUUGGUUUAGGAAAUGCUGUGGCGGCGAUCAUGGGAUAUGGAGGACCCCGCGCAGCGGAUUGACAUGGUUCAAUGUUGUUUGGGCCGGUGUCUUCCAGUACUGCGUGAUGCGCGUGCUGAUGACUAUCGUCGCCGUUGCUAGCCAGGCCAACGGCGUGUACUGCGAGGAAUCCCUUAGCCCUGCUUUUGCUCAUAUCUGGGCAUGUGUCAUCGUCAUUGAGUCGUGUUUUGUCACGAUUGCCAUGUACUGCUUAAUCCAAUUCUACCAUCAGGUCGGUGAUGAUAUCAAGCAGCACCGGCCAUUCUUGAAAAUUCUUUCCAUCAAGCUGGUUAUUUUCUUGUCUUUCUGGCAGUCGACGUUGAUCUCCCUGCUAGUCUCCAAGGGCGCCAUCAAACCCACCAAGAAGAUCCAGCUGCCAGACCUCAAAACAGGCCUGCCGGAGUUGAUGAUUAACAUCGAAAUGGCCAUCUUCGCCAUCCUGCAUCUCUGGGCCUUCUCAUGGAAGCCUUACGCCACCGCUAACCAGGUCGGCGAUGUGACCGACUUCUAUGGUAACGGCAAAGUCGCCUACCACGGCGGGCACUUGGGACUCAAAGCGCUGGUCGACGCCAUGAACCCACUCGAUCUCCUGAAAGCUAUCGGUCGCAGCUUCCGCUGGCUGUUCGUGGGUCGCAAAACGCGCAUGGCAGACUCCAGCUAUCUGGCGCACCACGAGUCCAUCAACCUGCAACCGGCAGAUGGGUCAAUGCACGGAACCGCCUACAAUGGCGCCGGCACUCCCAUGGCCGUAGGCCGAACCGGUCGCUAUGGAGUCACGCCGAACGAAGACGGCGAGGUGCUUCUGGCCCAUGCCCAGCCGACUCCCGAAACAGCGUACUUGGGCACGUCCCCGUACGCCGAGGAAUUCGACGAGUCCAUACACGGCCCGCCGGGCCGCUUCUAUAGACGCAGCCCUUCGCCUUACCAGGACCCGGAUGUCCGCGGCCCGCACUACCCGCCCCUCGUCGAGUCAAGUCAGCCCUACCCGGCCGACGGCCCUUUGCGCGAACAGGCGCCCAUGCCUAUACCUGACCCAUAUCAGCCUCCACCGCCGUACCCCGAGAGCCAUCGUUCAUGA